AUGGCAAUAAAUGCAAACAGUAAUUUAUUACUUGGCGCUGGUCAUUAUCAACCUCAUUCUCAUUAUCAAAAAAUUUUAUCUGAUCCUGUACCACAUAGUAUCGACAAUCGUCAUUCAGAUGAUCAUCAAUCAUCGUCUCAUCAAUCACUUCACACAAUAUUUUCCUCAGAAACACCAUCAAUAUCAAUAUCAUAUCCACGUUUUCAAGAAUCUUCUACAAAUCAAGUUUCAUCUUCUACUCCUCCUCUUUCUUCUACUGAACAAAGAUCAUUAUCAACACGUCAAAAUACACCACUUGAUAAUAGUCUAUGUUUUAUAGAUAAGCUUUGUUCACGUGAAUUAUCAAUUUCUAGAACUUUUAUACACGAUGAAAAUAUAUCUGUUGUUACCGGUAAAUCAUCGAAUGAAUGUAAAAUUUCAACAGGAAUAAAAGCAACGAUAUUGAAAACUAAUGAAAAUGAAAAUGAAAAUUAUUUAUUAAAAAAAACACCAAUUGAAAUUCGUGUUCGAUGUAUUUAUUCACGUGUUGGAGAAAUUGAUACACUUAAUGAACGAUAUACAGCUGAAAUUUUUUUUGAAGCUUCAUGGUAUGAUGAAGAUCAUAAAAUUGGAACAAAAUAUGAUCCUCAAAUGGGUCAUUUUAAUCCUCAAUUAAUUGUUCUCAAUCAUCUUGGAGAUUCUUUAAAACAUGACAAAUGGUAUUCAACAAAUAAAACUGAUCAAGAUAAUAUUAUUGAAAUAACUGAACAUCAGAAAAUACGUGGUGUAUUUUGGGAACGUAUGGAAUUAAAUCAUUUUCCAUAUGAUGUGCAAGAAUUAUCUUUAUCAAUAACAACACCAUUAACAACUAAUGAUAUCUAUUUUAUAGAAGAUAAACAAAAACCAUCUGGUGUAAAUCGUAUGAUAUUUCGUGAUCAACAAUCAUGGCAUUUAUAUGAACAUGUUGAAUUUACAUAUGAACAACAUCGUGAAGAAUAUUCUUUAAACUAUAAUCAAAUACAUCCUGUUGUUGUUUGUACAUGUCAUGUUGGGCGAAAAUGUGGUUAUUAUAUUUGGAAUGCAUAUUUUUUGAUUUUUUUAAUAACAUCAGCAGCUCUUUCUACAUUUGCAAUUCCACCAUCAAAUACUCAAGGUCGUCUACAAAUAACAUGUACUCUUCUAUUAACAUCUGUAACAUUUCGUUGGGUUGUUAAUAAAUCACUUCCAACAAUAUCAUAUUUAACAGCAUUAGAUAUUUAUGCUAUAUCAUCUAUUGUUGCUUUAUGUAUUAUAAAUGUCUUUCAUGGUAUAAUUAGUUAUUUUUAUUAUAAUCAAAUAUAUUUAACUGCAUCACAAUCAUCAAUUACAACUAAUGAUAUUCAUCAUUCACUAUAUCCAGAAUAUUCUCUUUGUCGUUUAGAUCGUUAUGCAUUUUUCAUAUUUUGUUCUUUAUUUUGUCUUUAUCAAAUAUUAAUUCUUUUUUGUACAAUGUGGAUACCUUAUCAACGACGACGUGCUAUGAGUCGUAAAGACGAAAGAAUUAGAGCACAAUUAACUAAUACAACAACAUUAGAAAUGACAAAAUAA